AUGUUACCUCCACACAAUGGUGAAAUAAUGCAUCUUAAUGUUGGUGGUACUAGGUUCUCAACAUCUCGGCAAACAUUAACAUGGGUGCCAGAUUCUUUUUUUACUGCUCUAUUAAGUGGCCGUAUUUCUAGUCUACGGGAUGAUACAGGUGCUAUAUUCAUAGACCGUGAUCCAAAAGUUUUUGCCAUCAUUUUAAACUAUCUACGAACACAUGACAUAGAUUUGUCUGGCACUGAUAUUAGAACGUUACGCCAUGAAGCUGAAUUUUAUGGUAUUAUGCCUCUAGUCAAACGCCUUAUUCUGUGUGAAGAUCUAGAGCAAUCGUCAUGUGGGGACAUACUGUUUUAUAGCAUGUUACCAGCUCCAAACCCUCCUAUGCAAGAGUCCGAAAUAAUUAGUAAUGCAACUAAAGUAGAUGAUCAAACAAGACCUGGUUCAAUAGUCCGUGUCCCUGAACCAGCACCACCACCAAAUUCACCAUCAUCAAUACCUCAUACUCAUGGUUAUCAAAGUCGUUGUCAUUCUCGUAACUCAUCUUUGGACAUUUCUCGAGUUACUGUAAAUGGUCGUGGGUCAGUCAUUAAUGGACGUGGAAACGGUAAUAGUGGACACUCUCGAGCAGCUUCACUCGGUAACCAUGUACCCAAUCACCAUUCCAGAAACUCAUCAGCUGAUCUCAACAAGUAUAUUAGAAACGAUGCAUUAAACUUGGUUUUUGGUUAUAAUCAAGGUUCUAAUUGGGCUGAUCCAUUGCGUGUCCAAAUCAUCAAAGCUCACCAUAAUUGGAUUGUAGUUGCUUACGCUCAUUUUAUUGUUUGCUACAGAUUAAAAGAUUCAAGUGGUUGGCAACAAGUUUUCACAUCGCCGCAUAUAGACAACUGUAUUGAACGAAUAGCAAUUAAUGCUAAAAUGAACAGCCAAAAUGGUAAUUCUGAUGGUUCCUCUGUUAUGGUUGCUAUAUCAUAUGGAAAUCAAGUUCGACUCUGGGGGGUAUCAGAACAAGGAUCUAGAACUAAUAUAGGUACAUUCAAUUUGAAUGUUCGUGUAGAGCAUUUAUUUUUUAUUGGUAGCCAACUUGUUGCUUUAUCACCUACUGGUAAAAUAGGGGUUUGGCAUGCAAUGACUCAACAUUGGCAAACUCAAGAUGUAGUACCAAUCGCAUCAUUUGAUACGGCUGGUUCAUUUCUGCUUCUUGGUUGUAAUAAUGGAUCAAUAUAUUAUAUUGAUAUGCAAAAAUUUCCAUUGCGAAUGAAGGACAAUGAUUUACUAGUAACUGAGCUCUACAGAGAUCCAUCAAAUGAUCCAAUCACUGCUAUUUCUGUUUAUUUGACUCCUAAAACAAGUAAGUCCAUAUAA